GUUUAUACUGUAGGUAGUGCGCAGUGGUAAAAGCCUCUGUACGCACGGGCCGUGGUGAACAUACAACAGGUGUCCGGCAAUCGGCUUUACUGCGAUACCGGUUCGGUUCUCCAUUUUGCUCCCCCAUCUGUUUACUCCUCUUCGCCUUUCACUCCACGACGAGUGAACAGAAGUAACAGCCGAGCCUGGAUGCGAGCGUGCUGAACCUAAGUGUCCGGAUCGGCGUAAUAUGAUGUCGGAGACCGUAGUGACGAUGGAUGGUUCUAGCAACAACGCCAGCAAUAAUCAGCGGCAAGUACCGACGGUGAAGACGGAACCAGGUCAACCGAAUCCCCUAGCCAGCAUCAGGCUGAAUGCGGCUUAUUUCAAGACCAUACCCGGUAUCCUUAAGCUAGCGCAGCUGGGUCUAGGUAUAAUAUGUAUGGCAUGUGCAUCUCCUGCAUAUAUAGGUGCAACACACUGGUUUCUAUUUGUUGCGGUAAUAUCCUUCAUAUCUACACUCAUAUGGUGCGCCGUAUAUUUUUUGUCCCUCAGGGAAGUACUUAAAGUGCCCAUCAACUGGAUCUUAACUGAACUUCUAAAUACAUCUAUAAAAGCCGUACUUUACAUGAUUGCAUUUAUCGCUCAGCUAUCGGCUUGGACAGCUUACAGAACUUCAUCAUCGAAUAUCGCUGCUGGAAUAUUUGGAAUCUUUAACACCAUUGCAUACGCUGCUGGGGCUUAUUUUCUAUACAUCGAAUGGAAGAACACUAAUACGCAAUAAACAUCAUCGGCCUAGAAGCCAGAACUGAACUACUUGAAGAACAUGCAACAUUAAUAAUCGCUAUGACUAGAAUCGUGACUUUUCGUCCGUUUUGUAAAAAUUUUGUUAUAUUAGGAUUGUGCUCGACAAGAAUGUCAGCUCUGGGAGAGGUGGUUUAAAACUAGUCCGGCGUGAUCCUUUUCAAAUCGUAUGUAAUUUAAAGAAAGAUUUUGUGCCUUUUAAGAUUAGUUACAUGUGAUUAUCAUGAUCAUUAUCAUUAGGACAAAAUUCGAUACCAUUUUGAAAAGGGUCAAUGAAAUCGCAGAAACGAAUGAGGUAUGCUACAUUCAAGUACUGUAUAUUCGAAGAUGAUUAUAUUGCACUCAUAAAAUCUUGUAUGAAAUCAUUGAAUAUAUCUGUAAUUUUAUUUAAACUUAUACAUGUAAUAUAAAU